AAGGGCACCGGAGGCGCUACUAAAGCUGCUUUUUCCGAGAGUAUGACCAAUGCUAUCUCAGCUAAAUCUCCAGCGGAAGCAAGUGCCCAAUCCGGUGGCUCUCGAUCCAAACAGGCAAAGGAAACAGGUUCAAGCCCCACCGGCGGCGAAAUUGGCGAAGGUGACAGCGGUUCUAGUGCGGAUAAGGCAAGUCGGGAGGGGGGUGAGGCGCUCAAGGGUCCGCGAGGCAAAGGUACGCCGUCGCCGAAGAUUCACAACCAGGCCAUACCGGGCACGAAGGAGGGAUUGAGCCAGGAGCAAAAGAACGAGGUCGAGCUACAUAACAAAGAUUUUAACAAAAGACAUGAUCGGGCUCAACCCGCGAGCGAUGACAAGGUGGACAAGAAGUUCUGGAAGGGA